GGAGGGCUCCAGUGGGAAGAGAUGAGAGUCUUCAGAAGCUAAUUGACUAGGGCAGGAUCAGGAAGCCAAAGCACAUCUGUAGAAGGGAGGCGUCUACAAUGGAAGAACAGAAGGAAAAUGAGCUAGAUUACGAGUAAGUAACAGCGACUACGAAAGGCGGCAUCCAGGCACCAGGUCAGAAAAAAUGGAAAUCUUAAGAUUGGCCCAAUCAAGAAGAACAUUAUCAGUUUGAACAUGGACCUUGAAAGGGAUAUGCAGAGAAUAGAUGAAGCCAACCAGGAGCUUCUUCUCAAAAUACAAGAAAAAGAAAAUGAAAUCCAGAGGCUGGAAAGUGAGAUCACCCAGACUGGAGACCCUGCAGAAGAUGAGGAUUGGGAGAAGGAAAACUGCGCUGUGAUGGAGAGAGAAAGGGCUCUGCUGCAGGAGAAACAACCAGACUCGAGAAGAGAACGAGGCUUUGGUCCACAGUAUCUCAGAACUUCAGAGAAAGCUUACAAGGAAAUCACAAAAGAUAGUCAGAUGUGAACAAGGUGAUCUGGAAAUAACCCCAGAAGAGUCAAAGGUAAGUGCUCAAGCAA